GCGAGAUUCUGCAGCACUGACCCUGCAGGCUGAGCUGCUCUUGCGGUUAUAAACACAAACGCACGCAUUCCUCUCAGUGGGCAGCUGAAAGUAUUGUGCUCUUGACAGUUCUGUGCAACCGUUCAAGCCGCGAUAUUCAAUGCUCUGUCAGCAUUUUAAUGUUACCAGUUAGCUAGCCGGAGUACUACGGCUGUUAUUAAUCACAAACUGCUCUUUUCUGGGGCUUGUGCCGUGCGCGGAAUUAUUAUAGCUAGCUUCCCAGCUAGCUAGCUAGCUACGGAGAAAUGACUGAGCUCAGAAAGCGAGGAAGAGGCGGGGACCUUGACAGUACAGAAAACAUCAUUGACAAGGAGACAGAUGGAGAGGACAGACUGGGCCUGCCUGGAGAGGCAGAGGGAGAGGGAGAUGGAGAGGUAGGCUCCAAAGCAGAAACCCCAGAUGUGCCACCAUCGGUAGACAACACUCCAAAAUGCCUCAACAAAGCUUUGGAAGGACUGUCCUCCAGAUGGAAAAACUGGUGGGUUCGAGGGAUUUUGUCACUGACAAUGAUCAGCGGAUUCUUCCUUAUCAUUUAUUUAGGACCUAUCGUGCUAAUACUAGUGGUAAUGAUGGUUCAAAUCAAGUGCUUCCAUGAAAUUAUUACCAUUGGGUACAAGGUUUACCACUCCUACGAUCUUCCCUGGUUCAGGACGCUGAGCUGGUACUUUCUCGUUUGCGUGAACUACUUUUUCUACGGCGAGACGUUGGCGGACUACUUUGGCGUUUUGGUUCAGAGGGAGGAGCCGCUGCAGUUCCUGGCGCGCUACCACCGCUUCAUUUCCUUCGCCCUGUACUUGGCGGGUUUCUGCAUGUUUGUACUGAGUUUAGUGAAGAAACAUUACCGCCUGCAGUUUUACAUGUUUGCCUGGACUCAUGUAACGCUGCUGAUUGUGGUGACACAGUCACACCUCGUCAUUCAGAAUCUGUUUGAAGGAAUGAUCUGGUUUAUUGUUCCAAUAUCCAUUGUGAUCUGCAAUGACAUCAUGGCCUACCUUUUUGGAUUCUUCUUUGGAAGAACACCCUUGAUUAAGCUCUCUCCAAAGAAAACCUGGGAAGGUUUCAUCGGCGGGUUCUUUGGCACCGUCGUGUUUGGAUUCAUAUUUGCCUACCUCCUGGCCCAGUACCAGUAUUUUGUGUGUCCGGUGGAGUAUGACAGCGAGACAAACCGGUUCGCGGUGGAGUGCCAGCCCUCGGAGCUGUUCGUGAUGCACGAGUACACCCUCCCCGCCCUGGUGCAGGACGUCCUGAGAUGGAAAACGGUGAACAUGUACCCGUUUCAGAUCCACAGCGUCGCUCUGUCCACCUUCGCCUCCCUCAUCGGUCCUUUCGGGGGCUUCUUUGCCAGCGGAUUCAAAAGGGCUUUCAAAAUCAAAGAUUUUGCCAGCACAAUCCCUGGUCACGGCGGAAUCGUCGAUCGCUUUGACUGCCAGUACCUGAUGGCCACUUUUGUUCAUGUUUACUUAACAAGCUUCAUCAGGGGCCCAAACCCCAGUAAGGUGCUGCAGCAGCUACUGGUGCUGCAGCCGGAGCAGCAGCUCAGCAUAUUCAACCUGCUGCAGUCGCACCUCAGAGAGAGGGGCAUGCUGUCCGCCCCUGACACUGAGGAGCAGUGAACCCCCUUAGAGCCCAGUCCUGUCCCCCCUCGCACGGGGGGGCAUGGUCGUCAGGCCCCAUGACAUCUCAUCACAGCCCCCAUGUGACUCCACCAUCUCAGUGACCAAACAGCCGCUCCGAACAUCGGGGGUCACCUUGGCGAUGUCAUACGGUCUUCUUGCUACAGUAGAACUUGCAUGACAAUACAAACAGCGGGAAGCCACACUGAGAUUCUAUUGAUUUUCUGCAAGAGAUCGUUAUUAUUCCAAAGACUCUGGAGAAAUAAGAGACGUCUUCCACACGACAGGAUCCAGGUUGUGGGGUACGGUGGGACUGCAGAUUCUCUGUGGAGCCGCGUCCAUGUGCUGUUGCACUCAUUCUGGUUCUCCUUAGGAAAAGAGACAAAAGACUGUUCGCUGUUCCAAAAACUCCGCUCUAGCAACAAACACUGGGGAUUCAGCUGUUGAAAUGUUUCACCGUCAUAAAUCGGGGGCGUAUAACGAGUUGUAUGGAACGGAAAUGGUCUGUUUCACAGAGAUAAAAAAGGAUCCAAACAAACGUACUUGAAGUAGAUUUGUAACAUUACCAAGUGAAUGAUGUGGUGGUGUACUUUAGGUUAGAGUAGAGAACUUCUGUAGCUGCUGUACUAAAGCUGUGCUAUAGCUGAAUACUGGAGGUUGACUGUAGCAGGCAUGGCAAUAUAUAUUGUAAAUAUAAUAUUAUAGCAACAGCACACUCUGAUACACACUGCACUAUGCAUGUGUGUGUGUGUGUCUAUAUAUAUGUAUAUAUGUAUGUGUAUAUACAUAUAUAUAUAUAUAUAUAUAUAUAUAUAUAUGUGUGUGACUUGUUAAAUACACCACAUUUUAAAAUGAGAAAUAUGUUAUGCAAUAAUGGGGAUGUCCCUUUUCAUUUUUUAACUAUAAAGCAUGAAUAAUUUUCCACUGGACCGAGUCGUUAAAGAGUGAAAGCGAAGGCUAGGCUGUCUGGUUGCUGUUGUGCGAGGCAGCUUUUAGGAAUGUGUUCGGGUAGCUCUUCUGUGCGUUCAACGUGGGCCGUUGUACAGGGCUGUGCGACCUCUGUCUAGUGAGCCAAAUACUUGCGUUGCACUGCAGUCUGACUGAUGAAUCAUUCCCCCUGCAGUCUGAAUCCCUCUGCAGGCGUGAUGUCAUCGGGCCCCGCUAGCACACAGCGUCAGACUUGGGUUUGUUAUAUUAUUUUCAGAUUUUUUAUUUUUUAUUCUGAGAUGAAAGGUGCUUUUGUCACACAAUUAGGUGAAAACAGCACCGAUAUAUUCUGAAGAAACCUUCACUGGCUCUCCGUAUUGAAGGAGUUCUCAUGUUGUGCUUGUAUUUCUUGUUUGUUUCUUAAAACCGAAUCAGGCAUCUGUUAGCGAGAAACUGUAUGAUGUGGGUGCUGACAUUAAUCUGAAACAUAUUAUUGAAUUUCCUGGAUUUGAAGGUGCACUUACAGAAUGUUUACCAAAGCUGGCUGGUUUAAAUAUUAUUUAUUGUGUACAGAUCAAUAUCAAGCUGUUUUGAAGACAGGUUUCAUAAAUCCACCAGUUUUCUUUUUAAACCAAUUUAAUGUGAACAUCAAAAAUAGUCAUAUACAAGGCAUUCGGGUUGAACAAGGAUUUGGCUAACUGGCUACCUAAAAACCAUGCAUCCCUAUUUGGAUUUCUUUCUCUAGUAACAUCCAUCAGUUGUGUUAUUUCAUUAUUCUCUCGAAUGGUCUAUACUGGUAUAAUGUACAUUAUUUCGAAGAUGUACUUUAUGUCAUUAUCUGUAGUUGUGCUGCAUUAGUGAUAACCAAUGCAGUGAAAAUGUUACAUGGUUCCACUAUGCAAACCGUUAUUAAUGUGUGGUCUAGGAUGAACAAGCUUUCAUGCACUUGCUAAUCAAACAAUCAACCAACAGUUAGCUCUACAACAGGUUGUAGAAGUCGGAUUGUUGUCGUAACCCUAUACUGUGGAACAAAGGACCGGACAUGGGGUGUUCAGGUUGGACUAUACAUAGGUCGUGAGUUUUGGUAUUAGACAGGUAAAAGUGGUCGGGGUUUAACAUAAACGCUUACCUAUUGAACCACUUGAAACCAACAGCUGGCUGUGGAAGAGCUUGGUCUAAGGCAAACUUGUAUUUCAGUUCACCAGGGAUGCAAAAUUGACUACAGAAACAGUUCACUGUCAUCCAUAACUACUCUGCUACGUUGGGGGAAAGAUUGUGGUUUUGUGUUUUUAUUUGAAUGUUUUACUACGGUUAUAAUUUAUGGGGGGCAGGUGAUUUAAUACAGAUUGUGUAUUAAGAUUUAUUUCCUGAUGCAAAACUUUGUUUGUAGAGUGGGUGGGAUUUAACGGGUGAAAUGAGUGCAUAGAACAGGGCAGAAGGGAAUGUGUGUCACAAGAGACCUGUACAAGCAAAAAAAAAAAAGUGUUUUGUAAAAAAAAUAUGUAAUUAUUAUUAGAUGAUACUGUGAUGCUAUAAACAUGUAUAGAGGUGGAUCUUAUAUACAUAAGAUGAAUAAAUUAAUUGAAAAAAA